AUUUAGAGAUAUUAUAUUUAGACAAGAUUUAGACUAAAAUUAAAAAGAUGCAACGAGAAGAAAAACAAUUAGAUGCUACCCUAGAGGCUACUAUUAUGAGAGUCAAUGACUUGAAAACAUCUAUUGCAUCAAUGAUAUUUAAAUUAGAACACGAAUAUGAAACUUUAAAUUGGCCAAAUUUUCUCGAUAACUUUGCUCUUAUUUCUGGACAUUUGACCAGUUUAUCAAAGAUACUUAGCCACGACAAGGCUCCAAAUUUAAGAAAUCUUACAGUUUUGCCUUUGCGUUUAAAUCCUGAAAAGGAUGAAGAAUUGCUUCGAUUAACCGAAGGCAGAAUUCCCACAUUUGCUCAUGAUUCAGUACCGGAUUAUUUAAGAACCAAAUUGGAACCUCAAGUAGAACAAAAAAUGAUGCAGCUAGAAGCCAAAGCAGCUAAUUUAAAUCAUGAAGCUUCACACGAAUAUAAUAAACAAGUCACACAAUAUACUAAAGUAAUUAGUCAUGUUUGGGAUAUAGCGAAUAAAGCACGAGAGGAAUGGGAAAGCGAAGCUGGUUCUAGAGCAACACAAGCCCAAACAAGUAGUGCAGCAGAUACUCAUGCACUUGUUGCUGCGGUUGGAAUGGGAAAAGGAUUGAAAUCAGAUUCAGUUCCAAUGGUCCAAUCAAAUGUUAAUCCUGUACCAAGUGGUAUGAUGGUAGGCAGACCUGCAAACCAACAACAGUCUGGAGGACAAGGACCUCUUGGAAAUACGCAAAUGGGACAAAUGAACAAAGCUCCUAGUGCAAUCAAAACAAAUAUCAAAGCUGCGUCACAAAUUCAUCCUUAUGGAAGAUAGGAAAUAUUAAUAUUUUAAUUAGAACAUGAAACAUUAUUGCUGAAAAUGUAUACAUGUUGUACAAUAUUUAUACAUUUUCUUUUCUUUUUGUAAUUCUAUUUAACGAGAUGUUGUUUACUUUUUGUGCUAUAAUAGCAUUAGAUCGUGGAGAUAAUAUAUUAUUCAUAACAGGAAUAAUAGUAGCAUUUAAGCCUUGUUCUCGUAACCAACACAACCGAUCUUGUAAGACCAUUGAUUCUGCUGGUGCUUGUAAAAUUAAUUGUAAGCCAGUAUAAAUUU